UGGUAGUUCACGUUUUUUGCUACAAAAAUUAGUUUUGAAUCAAAAACGUCCUACUUUCAAUCUUCACCCAUACUUUCUCAUACUUUCUCAUCGACUUCAAUCUUCACCCCCAAGAGUUUCAAUCUUCACCCCCAAAAGUUUCAAUCUUCACCCCCAAAAGUUUCAAUCUUUGGAAGGGAAAAUUCAGAAAAUUGGGCAAAUUUAUUGCACAAAAAAUGAGUUUAUUUGAUCUUGAAAAGCAUUUUGCCUUUUAUGGCGCAUAUCAUAGCAACCCAAUUAAUAUAUUUAUACAUAUGUUGUUUGUUUGGCCAAUUUUCUACAGUAGUCUUAUGCUAUUCUACUAUGUACCCAUGUUGUUUUUCCCCAAUUUUGCAUCAUUUUUCACCAUAGUAUAUGCUGUGUUUUAUGUGGGCAUGGAUAAAAAAGCUGGGUCUUUGGCUGCUCUUCUCUGUUUCCUUUGUUGGGUUGGAGCUUCUGCUUGUGCUACCCAUCUUGGCUAUUCUUUGACUUGGAAGGUGGUUUUGGCAGCUCAGCUGUUAUGCUGGACAGCGCAGUUCGUAGGUCAUGGAGUAUUCGAGAAACGAGCACCUGCUCUUCUGGAUAAUCUCGUGCAAGCCUUCUUGAUGGCUCCCUUUUUUGUAUUUCUAGAGGCUCUUCAGCAUUUUUUCGGUUAUGAACCAUAUCCGGGAUUUCAUGCAAAGGUCAAAGCUAUGGUGGAUGCUGAAAUUAAAGAAUGGCAAGAGAAGAAACAGAAGAAAUUAUCUUAGUCAUGAAAUAAGUAUGACUACAAGGUAUCCAACUGAUUGUCUUUAUACUGUAUAUAAUCUAGUAACCAAUAUUAAGAAUGUUCAUCUGCAAAAUUUCUUAACAACUCGGUCAACUUCUGGAGUUUCAAGGGUCAUUUGAAGCAUUGGUGUGUAAUAUGCUACGAUUCGCAAAGCUGAAAAUAAGACUUGAUUAUUCUGAUAA